UUUGCCUUGCGCUGAUUAACACACAUUUUUCACCGCGCGCGCGAGACUCUCGGAACGACGUCAAACGUCUGCCACUGACAGCCCGCGGGGUCGCACUUUUUCGGAGUUUCGGAUUGUGAUUUUGUUGCGCGGUUAGAACACGUUCUCGCGCGAGUAGACGGUGCGCGCGAAGAACAAUACGAGCGCGCGUGUGACAGUUUGAGGAUUAACCGGCCUGCUUGGUUGUUUUUGUUCGUUGUGUGCGAUCGUCAAGUGAAUUUCUCGAAGAGCUUUCGGCGCCACUCGGAAGUGGUGAUCCAAGUGUGCGGCGCGUGUGAAGAUUUUGGAUUUUUUUGACGCGCUCGACUGCGCGCUCGAACCCGGAAUAGAACAGCGGACCAGAAGGUUGCAAACCUUGCGCUCGCUACACCCGCGCACACAAAUUCGGUUGUAGUACACCACACUCUUUUUUCAUCGCUCGAGUCAUCCGAGUGCUUUUCUGUUGUUAUGCGAAUAAUUUUUUCGCUAUAUACCACAUAAAAAGACCCGUGUCCCACCCCCGCCCUCCCGGGAUCGAACCCACGAUUCUCGGCUUGACUCGUCGUAAAAUUCGUCGUACGUGAGAGCUUGCGGCGACCAACUUUUUUGAAACGCGAUUUUUUUUCGGGUUCUUUUCGGCUCUGUGUGUUGGAGAGUAGUCGGCAAACCAAAAAAAAAAAGAGAACGAAGAGAAAAAAGAUUCAGACAUCCCACGGCGAAACGAAGCGAAAAAAAAGAAGGAAAAUUCGCUCAGUGUGACGUGUACGUGUGACAGUGCAUGUGUUUUUUGGGAGAAACGACAGAAAAAUAAAAAAGUAAAAAAAGAGGAAAGGUACGGUGUGUUCUCGAGAGGAAAAACGGUUCUCGGCGUAGAGAAACACACACACCCACAAACACGGUUCGGUUUAUCGACCGAAAGGAAAAAUAAACAAUUUGAAAAACUUCAAAGUGAUAAGGCAGGAAGUAAACAGAGCGAGCGCGCCAGACUUGUCUACCCCCAAUGCGGUGGUUGCCAUAUCGUAGCAAGCGUUGUUGAUGAGGUUGCUGAUCUGACAGCAUCCUCACGGCCUACUAGAGCUUCGGCAAUCUGUCCUCCUUCUUUCCACCGCCCGCGUCCCGGACCGACUCCGGUAACGGCUCCAAAAUUCUGUCCAUACAACAUCACCACCACCCCCACCAUCCGCCAACCAGCGGCACCCUGGAGGGCAGAACGAUCGAGUACCGGCCCGGUGGCGGGCUGGACUACCACAACUCCCCCCUCAUGGCGGAAAUCCCGACCGGGGACUACAGCCACCUGCACCGCUCGAUCGACCAGCUGCGCUCGAUGAACGAGCGUGGCGUCUUUGGCCAGCUGAACGCCCUGUCGGCGGCCAACUCGACCGAUCUGCGGUCCGCCAUCGUCCACGACUACAAACCGUACAUCAGCGACCUGCACCGCCAGCAACAGCAACAACAGCAGCAGCAGCAACAACAACAGCAACACCAGCAACAGCAGCAGCAGCAGCAAUCUGACAGCAGGCUCGACUAUGCCGCCGUUGUGCACAAGCAGGCGCUGGAGGAGCACGCGAGGGCGGCGGCGGCGGCCGCAGCCGCGGCCAACAACAACAAUCAGGAUCCGGCCGAUUUGAGGCACGGUGGUGCCCUGCAGGACCAGGACCAGAAGCCGCAGCUGCACUACAGUGCACCGUCGACGCCGCCGACGCCGCUGUCGAUUACGGAAGCGCAGAUGAACGAGAGCAAGAGAUACGGAGCUAAGGCGAGCCGCAAUCGGAAGAUCUUCGCCAACAAGGGCGACCUGGCGCUGCACGGCGGCCAGCUGCACAUGCGCGAAACCAAACCGUACAAGUGCUCCCAAUGUACAAAGGCGUUCGCCAACUCGAGCUACCUGUCGCAGCACACGCGGAUACACCUCGGCAUCAAGCCGUACCGCUGCGAGAUCUGCCAGCGCAAGUUCACCCAGCUGAGCCACCUGCAGCAGCACAUACGGACGCACACGGGGGACAAACCGUACAAGUGUCGCCACCCGGGCUGCCCGAAGGCGUUCUCGCAGCUGUCGAACCUGCAGUCGCACUCGCGCUGUCACCAGACGGACAAGCCGUACAAAUGCAACUCCUGCUACAAGUGCUUCACGGACGAGGCGUCCCUGCUGGAGCACAUACCAAAGCACAAGGACUCGAAGCACCUGAAGACGCACAUCUGCCAGCUGUGCGGCAAGUCGUACACCCAGGAGACGUACCUGGCCAAGCACAUGCAGAAGCACGCGGAGAAGGAGGAGAAGCGCCGGAACCGGGGGCAGAACAAUAACAACAACAACAACAACAGCAAUAGCAACAACAACAACGCGGCCAACGCUGGAAAUGCGGGAGCUGGCGCCGCGGCCAUUUCGGCGGCGGAUGCCGCGGCAGGACUUGCCGGACUGGCAGGUCUCGGGUUGAACCGGAUGGGCGGCAUGGUCGGCAAUGCGGCGGCGGCCGCAACCCUCGUUGCGGCUGGCGCAGCCGGCGAACACCCCUACUGGCCCAAGGUCAGCCCCGACUCGGCGGCAUCCCUAGCCGAAGCCAUGCAGCAACAACAGCAGCAGCAGUACGACUUUGCCCUCCAACAGCAGCAGCAGCAGCAGCAGCAACAGCAACAACAACAGCACGGCGGAAGUGGCGGCCCCAACUCUGCCAAUGACCAUCACCGUAGUUUGAACAACGCCGCCAACAGCUCCGCCAACUCGGACGACAUGGGCGAAGACCUGGUCGUGAUCCGGCAAAACCCCCAACAGCAGCAGCAGCAGCACGUUCAGCAGAACGUCCAAACGCCCACCUCGUCCGCGGCCGCGAGCACGUACGACACGUCCAAGGCCCCACCCGCCAUCACCACCAACUCGGCGUUCACGCCCAUCCAGGCGAUGCCGCCGCACCUGAACGCGUCCCUCGCCGCCCACCACCACCAGCAGCUGGCGGCGGCUUCCCAGCGGCCGAGCUACCUGUACGAUGCCAUCAACUUCCAGAACCAGAAGCAGGUGGUGGGGAACGCGGCGGCGGCGGCCGCAGCCGCCGUAAACUUCCCGAACCAGCUGAUCUCGCUGCACCAGAUCCGGAACUACGCGCACCAGCCGUCGGCGGCGGCGGCCGCGAGCGGGCUGAUCGCGGGCGAGCACCUGCUCGGGAUGGGCAAGAGUGAGAAGCAGUAGGGUGGUCACAACUUAAGGGGGGGAUCCUUUGUCCGUUGCGGGUUCAAUCUGGAUGAAAACAUGGGGGGCACUCCGGGGAGGAUGCGAUCGCGGCCCCUUAAAUGAACAAUGUACAAAUUAUUCUAAACGGGAAUGGAUUGCGGGGUGAUCGGUGCGACCCGGAGUGUCCUUUCGGGAAUUUUUGGUGGUUUUAGAGGUUUGAAAUUGGUAUCUUGUAAUGAAGGUACUCCGUUGUAAGUUUUAAUCCUUGUAAAAUAAGUUGUAUUCUAAUAAAAAUAUUCCAAUUAGAACAUUACAAAAUGUUUCUUCAGUUUACAGUAUGGGAAAAUU